AUGUCUGGCUUGUGUCAUCUGCACUACGUCCCUGAGAGUCAAGGCCUGACUCUCGAUAUUUGGUCCGCCUACAAGUCUGUCGCGGAGACGACUUUGUGUGAGUGGGCAUGCAUACUGCAGCUUGGCCUUUAUGCUGCAGUGAUCUGGUACCUGUACUCAAGUCUGAAGUAUCGGAACGAUUCUGUUCUGUUCCGAGGCCUCGACGAUGAAUACAUCCAACCUGAUCAACAUUUGAAACGGAAAUGUCAGUCAUGGAAACAGUCUAUACCCAGAUGGGGUUUGCGCCCCUCUGGAGUACUUUAUGCCCUCGUGGCACCACCGUCCAUGCCCAGAGUAGGGUGUCGCCCAUCUGGAGUACUUUUUGCCCAUGGAGAGGCAUAUGUCAAUGUACAUCAACCAAGAAGAAUGUAUGUGGAGUUGCCAUCAGUUGAAAAGCCGCGUAGGAAGAUCACUGUGGAACUGCCGUCAGCGUACCCGUGGUGGUGCGGCAUUCGUCGAUAUCGUUACCCGCGUCAGUACCAUCUGAGACUUCGUAUCGCGCGCGUCAAAGGAGAUCCUAGGAAAAUACUCCGGCGACAACGGAAGGAAGGGGUUCGAGAGCAGAAGCAGGAAAGGAAGCGCCAAGAGAGGCGCCGCAAGGAAGAUUAUGAGAGCCGACGUCCUGAACGGCGCCGAAAGGGUGCUGCACAGGGUCGAAAGAAAACAAGGUUUCGUUUACUGAAGAAGUUAGUUCGCGCCAAGAGCCCUAAGGAGCAAGAUGUUCUCCAGAGGGAGCUGAAGAGUCUCAAGGAAGAGGAUUUCUGGGGAGAUUACGACGUCAAGCAACCUAGUCACUGGGAAAGUCCAAGCGAUGAGGAGUUGUUAGAAGACUACGAGCGGACCAAGAACCGAUAUUUGCACCACUCUUACCUCCAGUACGAAUCGCAGUAUGGGGUUGUUCUCGACGAGCUUCUUGCGGAUUUUCGUCCUAAUACCAAGCAUCACGCAAUGAAGGAUGUCCUCAGUUCGACAUUCCUUCAACCCGUUUCAUCCCUGCCAAGAGUCACUCAAGCACUUAUUGCAGCAGACGACCUCGUGUCCGAUGUGUCCUGUGCUGAUCGACUUCGCAGCGUCUACAUCAAUGUUGAUUCCAAGGGCGAACUACCAAUCGUCAUCGAUACCGGAGCAUCUUUCUCUCUGACUCCGAAUCUAGAAGAUUUUGUCACCAAGCCGAUUGCUUGUGGGACAAAAAGUCUGAAUGGUUUGUCCUCCAUAACUCCUGUGCUGGGUAUUGGAGAGGUGGAAUGGAAGAUCAGAGAUAUGCAUGGGACCAUCAAGUCGAUUCGCGUCAGUGCUUACUACGUUCCAGACACCAACAUCAGAUUGCUCUCGCCGCAGUCCUACUUUCAAGAGCACGGCAAGGGUGAGGUCUGUUUCGAUAGUUUUCAAGUCAAGAUGACGUUGCCUGAUGGCGACACCCUGUUCUUUCCGUACCAAGCGGGCAACAACCUGCCCAUGAUGCUUACGGCGAAUCGUCUUGUAGACGAGGCUGCACAUAUUAUCACCGACGAAGAAGAAGAAUUUUUGCCGGAAGACAUGAGCGUUUUUCUGAACGUUGCUCAUGAAAACAAUGCGAAUCUUACCAAGGCUGAGAAGAAGUUGCUUCUCUGGCAUGCGAAGACAGGUCACGCGAAUAUGAACUGGCUUCUGAAACUCUGCAAGUGGACCAAGACGGAGGGACAUCCAGUGAUGGGACCUUUACCUGCCAAGAAAGACGAGUUCAAGUCUUGCAAAAGUCCCAAGUGUGCUGUCUGUCAACUUGCGAAACAGCGUCGCCGCAGUCCACGAUCCGAUGCUGCUCAACAACAACCUGGCUCGAAGACGGGCAAACAACGAAAAGAAAAGGAAAUGAUGGUCGAUAACCUCAAGCCAGGCGACAAGGUCUCGAUUGACCAAUAUCUCUCGGCUGUCCCUGGUCGACUUGCGCAUACUUUUGGCGAGGAGAAGACUUCCAAGCAAUAUGUUGGCGGGACCCUGUUCGUGGACCAUGCCACCGGUUUCGUCCACGCGAAACACCAGACUUCGACUGGCACGAGAGAGACAGUCAAGAGCAAACAUUCGUUUGAGAGUGAAGUUGGUGAAUACGGACACAAGGUCAAGUCUUACCGUGCUGACAACCACCCUUUCAGCUCGAAAGGAUUCUUGGAUGAUAUCGAGUCGCACAAGCAGACUAUUGAUUACUCUGCAGUCGGAGCUAAACAUCAGAAUGGAGUUGCCGAAAGAGCAAUCCAAACUAUCACCACCUGGGCUCGUGCCAUGCUUCUUCAUCAAAUGUUGCAUUGGCCAGACGAAGCCGAUCACAAGUUGUGGCCUUUUGCUAUGGAUCAUGCAGUCUAUUUGUGGAACCAUCUACCACGCGAAGAUACCAAGCAAGCGCCAAUCGAGCUCAUGGGAGGGGCUAAGAUCGACCAUCACCAAUGGUUCAAACGUCUCCAUGUCUGGGGAUCACCGGUGUAUGUGUUGGAUCCGAGAUUGCAGGACGGGAAGAAGAUUCCAAAAUGGGAUGUUCGGGCGCGGCGUGGCAUACAGGCUAUGUCAGUCCGCAGUAUCAUGUUGUGA